AAACUCCCUUAACCAUUAACCAAGGUAGCAGAAAAAAACUAAAAGAUUAAAAUAAAGAAACUCACUCACAAAAAGCAGAAAAAGGAAUAGGAUUGGUUUCUUUUCUUUUUCUUGCAGACUCUGCUAAGCAUCUUUGCCUCACUUUCCCAUCCUUUAUUCUCCCCCUUCACUCCUUCAUUCCUGUUGGAAUUUUCAACCUAGUUUUCUACUCUUAUUCCUUCCCUCUUCUAGCCUCAGAUUGCUUCCUCUCUAGGUGAAUAUUUCCAAGUUUUUUGGAUCAUUUCCUCAACAAAAUUAUAUAGUCAAAUUCAAACCUCAACCUCAAAACCUCAGUGUUUUUUUUCUUCUGUGAAUUUGGCUCAGGAAAUGCAUGUCCUGAUCCAUUCACCAGAAAAUCCAAAACACAAACUACCCUUUUCCACCCUCUUCAAAUUUUCCCACACACCUUCACAAAAAACCUCAACAAUUUGAUUCCUCACUCACCCACUUCCCUUGAUCUGAAAAAAAUCUCAACUUUUUGCUACCCUUUUGCUUCUUUUUGUGAACUGAGGCCAACACUGUUUCUGGGUAUCUGAAUUCAUGGGACUCUGCCAUGGAAAACCCAUUGAAACCACAAGACAUCAUGAAGGUGCAGCAGCAAACCCAGAAUUCCCAAAUGCCAACGAGAUUCUUCCACUGCCACCAUCUACUCACAGCACAAAAUCCUCCAAGUUUCAAUUCUUCAGUCCAAGUCCCUUGCCGAGUUUCUUCAAGAACUCGCCGGCGAACUCCAGUGUGAGCUCAACGCCUCUACGCAUCUUCAAGCGGCCGUUUCCGCCUCCUUCGCCGGCGAAGCAUAUCCGGGCCUUGCUGGCCCGGCGACAUGGGUCGGUGAAGCCUAAUGAGGCUUCUAUCCCUGAAGGGAGUGAGUGUGAGGUUGGGUUGGAUAAGAGCUUUGGAUUCUCCAAGAACUUCUUGGCUCAUUAUGAGCUUGGACAGGAAGUGGGGCGUGGCCAUUUUGGUUACACUUGUGCUGCCAAGGGGAAGAAGGGUAGCUUCAAGGGUCAUGAUGUUGCUGUCAAAGUCAUUCCAAAAUCUAAGAUGACAACAGCAAUUGCUAUAGAGGAUGUAAGGAGAGAAGUAAAGAUAUUGCGAGCUCUAACUGGGCAUAAGAAUCUGGUGCAAUUCUAUGAAGCCUAUGAAGAUGACGAAAAUGUUUAUAUAGUUAUGGAGUUAUGCAAAGGAGGGGAACUGCUGGAUAAGAUUCUUUCCAGGGGUGGAAAGUACUCGGAAGAGGAUGCCAGAGUUGUUAUGACUCAGAUAUUAAGUGUUGUAGCUUACUGUCACCUGCAAGGUGUUGUUCACCGUGAUCUCAAGCCAGAGAAUUUUCUCUUUGCUUCUGAGGAUGAAAAUUCCUCAUUGAAGGCAAUUGAUUUUGGACUGUCUGACUAUGUAAAGCCAGAUGAGAGGUUAAAUGAUAUUGUUGGAAGUGCAUAUUAUGUUGCUCCUGAAGUUCUGCAUAGAUCUUAUGGGACAGAAGGAGAUAUGUGGAGCAUUGGUGUAAUUGCUUAUAUACUUUUAUGUGGAAGCCGACCUUUUUGGGCCAGGACAGAAUCUGGCAUAUUCCGGGCUGUCUUGAAGGCAGAUCCAAGUUUUGAUGAAGCUCCUUGGCCUUCUUUAUCGGCUGAUGCGAUAGAUUUUGUAAAGAGGCUGUUGAAUAAAGAUUAUCGGAAAAGACUAACUGCAGCUCAGGCUCUCAGUCAUCCAUGGCUGGUGAGUCACAGUGAUGAUAUCAAAAUACCCUUUGAUAUGAUAAUCCACAAGCUUGUUAAAGCAUACAUAUGCUCAUCUUCUUUACGCAAAUCAGCGUUAGGGGCUCUUGCAAAGACAUUAACAUUAGUGCAGCUAGCAUAUCUCAGAGAACAAUUUACUCUUCUGGGGCCAAACAAAAAUGGAUUAAUCUCAAUGCAGAACUUCAAAACGGCUAUUUUAAGGAGCGCCACUGAUGCCUCCAAGGAUUCACGGGUCUUAGAUUAUGUGACCAUGAUUAGUUCAAUCCAAUAUCGGAAAUUGGAUUUUGAGGAAUUUUGUGCUGCUGCUAUAAGUGUCCAUCAACUAGAAGGAAUGGACACCUGGGAGCAACAUGCAAGGCGUGCCUAUGAGCUGUUUGAAAAGGAUGGAAAUAGACCAAUUAUGAUUGAAGAGCUUGCCUCGGAACUUGGGCUUAGCCCAUCAGUACCUAUUCAUGUGGUACUCCAAGACUGGAUAAGACACUCAGAUGGGAAGCUAAGUUUCUUGGGGUUUGUCAGACUCCUGCAUGGAGUUUCUUCUCGCACAUUUCAGAAGGCUUAAGAGAACGAACACACAUGUGAUUGCUAUUGUCUUUUUAAUUAUUCUUGCACUUAGUGAUCAUAAAUCUUUUGAUGGAGUAUGAAUGCAUGACUCAUGAGCAACCUCCAACUGCUUCAGCAAGCCAAAAUCGUUAUAGAUGGGAGUUGCGCGGGAAGCUAUAUGCAAACAUCUCAUGUCGUUAAGAGCCCUCUUCAAGAGUUCUACAAACUGAAGACACUUUCUCCACCCCGUUUCUUAAGUUUAAGGUUGGUGCUGCUGGAGUUAAAAGGCUCUGUACAGAUGAAAGUAGAGCACAAACACAAAGUGUACUUAGAAGUAGAGGAACUUGGUUAAAAUGAGUCGUGUUUUCGGGUUUAUUUAUCAUCCCUUGUGUACCAAUGGAACUUAUCAAUAAACUAUUUCCACUUAUGUGAACUCCUUUUUCUUUGGGUACGAACUCCGUGAUUAGUUGACAGUGCAAUUUGUUUUAAGAUAGGUGAAAUGUUUGACAGGAAGGAAUGUGCAUGUGCUUGUGGAUUAUGUUCUGGAAUUUGGACAUUUUAUUUUGUGUGUUCUAAGGUUACAUCUGUAUUUAUUAAAUGAUAGUGCAAUAGUUAUGGUA